AUGAAUCAUUUAACUGAACUUGAAUUGUGUGAAUGUUUGACCGGAGAUAAAGAUAUUAGACCAAUUAGUAGAAUGUCUCAAUUGACUAGAUUAAAUAUUAGUAAGAAUGUAAAGUAUCAUUUAAGCGAUAUCAUUGAAUUGAAGCAAUUAAAAAUACUAGAAAUUGGAGAAAAUUUCAUAGGAGAUGAACAAGUUGAACUACUUUCCAAUCAAUUGAAACAAUUGACCAUUUUACGAAUUAAUAAUAACUUGAUUCAUUCGCAAGGGGCUGAACAUUUGAGUAAAUCGGAUCAAUUGACUGAAUUAGAUUUAAGUGGAAAUGCUUUAAAUUAUACAAUUGGCUAUGAAAUUGCAAAAAUUGAACAAUUGAAAACUCUUCACCUUAGCAAACUUUCAAUAUAUCAAAUGGGAUCAAGACGUCCAGUUGGAUCAAGAUUGAGUUCACAAUUUGGACAAUUAUUUCAAUUGACCAGUCUUAGUAUAAGUAAUACUAAUAUUGGAGAUGAGGGAGCCAAAGAAAUUAGUAAUUUAACACAAUUGACUGAACUAUAUGUACAUGGAGCUGGAAUUGGAAAUACAGGAGCCAGAUCAUUAAGUGUUUUACAUCAAUUGGCCAAACUAGAUAUCAGUACUAAUCAAAUUGGAGAUGAGGGAGUUAGAUUAUUCAAACAAUUAUCAAAAUUAACAGAACUUGUUGUGUUUAAUAAUAGAAUAGGAGAUGUUGGAGCACAACUAAUAAGUGAAAUUCCUCAAUUGACCAAUCUUGAUGUUAAUAACAAUCAAAUUGGAAAUGAAGGGGCAAAAUCAAUGGAAAUCAAAUUGAUGAUCAAGGAGCUAAAUUAUUAUGUGAAAUGA